ACGAAUAAAACUGAAUAGUACUGAAGUACAUUUUGAUGCAUAAAAUAUAGACACGUGCUGAACACUGAAUCAUUGUUGACAAAAUGAAUAGAUACUCUAUACCUUAAUUAGUCGGAUUUUUUAUUUCUUUAUGCAUAAAUUAGAAAGAAAUUUUUUUUCUCGAUGUUAAUGUACGUAGGCAUUUUUAAAUUUAUUUACAAUGUCUGCAAGUAGCUCGAAGAAUGUUAUAACAAUAGAUGAUGAAUAUCAAGUUACAGAAGAAGAUGAAAUUGCUGCCAUUGACUAUGAACUUAAACAGAUUGAAAAUGAUAUGCAAAAGCUUGAAGAUCGUAAAAAGAUUUUAACUCAACGCAAAGAAAAAUUACGAGAUGAUGCACUUUUAAAAAAGAGUUUAUCCGUAUCACAAAAGAAUUGGAAUACAGAAGACUUCAGAUGGUCUAAAGAUCUUAUGAAAGCUUUAAAGAAUGUUUUCAAAAUUCAGAAAUUAAGAGACUUACAAUUGCCAACAAUAAAUGCAACUUUAUCUAAUGAAGAUGUUAUUUUAGUUAUGCCUACGGGUGGUGGUAAAAGUUUGUGCUAUCAGUUACCUGCCGUUAUUAGCAAAGGCAUUACUAUAGUAGUAUCUCCAUUAAUUGCAUUGAUGGAAGAUCAAUUACAUGGGUUACGAAAGAUUAAUGUAAAAGCUAUGAUGGUUAGCGCGAAAUGUGAUAAAGAAAAUGUAAAAAUUGUAAUGAAUGCACUUGUAGAUAAGAAAUCCGAUCUUAAACUAAUUUAUGUUACACCAGAAUAUAUGGCGAAAUCUAAUCGUUUUAUGAGUAAGUUACAGAAAGCCUUUGAACUUAAACGAUUAGAUCGUUUUGCGAUAGACGAGGUUCACUGUUGUAGCCAAUGGGGACAUGAUUUCAGACCAGACUACAAAUUCUUAGGAAUUCUGAAGUCCAUGUUUCCCGGUGUACCAAUUCUUGGCCUCACUGCAACUGCCCCAGCAAAGAUCAUCGUAGAUGUCCAAAAAAUGUUAGAUAUUCAAGGAUGUUUAGUUUUAAGAGCUACUUUCAAUAGGCCAAAUCUAUUUUACGAGGUUCGUCGUAAGCCAACGGAUAAAAACACGUGUUUAACAAUGAUAGAAAAUUUAUUGAAAAAUAGAUUUAAAGACAAGUCUGGUAUAAUUUAUACGACCACUAUAAAAGAUGCAGAACAAUUGACAACUGAUUUAAGAACAUUAGGUUUGAAAGUUGGAUGUUAUCAUGCAAUGCUCGAGGCAGAAUACAGAUCAGAAGUAUAUUCUAAGUGGAUAUCUGGAAAAUACCAAACCGUAGUUGCCACUAUUGCUUUUGGAUUAGGUAUAGAUAAACCAGAUGUGCGCUUUGUUAUUCAUCACUGUAUUUCAAAAUCAAUGGAGAAUUUUUACCAAGAGAGUGGUCGUGCAGGUAGAGAUGGAAAGAAGUCAGUAUGCAUAGUCCUAUACAGAUUACUAGAUGUAUUCAAAUUAAGCACAAUGGUGUUUCAAGACAAAGUUGGUUUGCAAAACUUAUACAAAGUAUUAGUAUACUGUUUAGAUCAAACUUCAUGUAGACGUAGCAUAAUCGCGACUCACUUUGAAGAAACUUGGAAUAAGAGUGAUUGCGCAGAAAUGUGCGAUCAUUGCCGCAAGUCCCAAGAAAAAAAAGAAGUGAACAUAACAGUAUAUUGUAGACAAUUGUAUCAAAUCUUAACUAAAGCAGUACAAAUCGAAACAAGAUUGACUGCCUUGAAACUUUUAGAUGCUUGGUACGGAAAGGGUGCGUCAACGUUACGAGUAUCUUCCGUGCCAAUACCAAAGUUUACAAGAGAAUCGGGUGAGGCUAUAGUAGGACAUUUACUUGCAAAUGGUUAUUUGCAGGAAGAUUUUCAUUUUUCUGCAUAUUCCACGAUUUCAUAUUUGAAACGUGGUCCCAAGGCAGCAUUAGCGCUUGAUAAUAAUCACGAAAUCAUUUUUAAUUAUGAAUUACACUAA